AUGGCUGCCAACGAAGCUUCGAUCGAGUCGGACAAGAUCACUGCCGUUCAAGGUAGUCCAGUCUCAGGCGCAAGUACGCCCUACCAUUCUUCAGACCUCGACGAUGACUACCAUCUAUACAAGCGUAGCGAUGAUCAGGAGAUGGACCCCGUGGAGUCCAAAAGAGUUCUCCGCAAGCUAGAUUUCCGGAUCGUGCCUAUCCUCUUCCUGAUCUAUUUGAUGCAAUAUCUCGACAAGAACGGCAUCAACUAUGCCAGCGUUUAUGGGCUGCAGGACGGCACGAAUCUGCACGGCCAAGACUACUCCUGGCUCGGAUCAAUCUUCUACUUUGGUUAUUUAUGGGCGCAGUACCCUGCCGGCUAUCUCCUGCAACGACUCAGGGUUGGAAAAGUGAUUGGGAUAACGACAAUCUCAUGGGGCAUCAUCUUGAUCACCACGCCGGCUUGCACCAGUUUUGCGGGAAUUGCCGUCAACCGGUUUCUGCUGGGGUCUUUCGAGGCAGUAGUGAAUCCGGGGUUUAUCCUCAUAAUGAGCAUCUGGUACACGACCUUAGAACAACCUUUGCGACUGGAGGCAUACUACUGCACGAAUGGUGUCGCAACCAUGUUUGGAGGCCUGAUCGGAUAUGCCGUCGGCCAUAUCACCACGGGCUUGCCACGCUGGAUGUAUGUCUUCAUCAUCUUCGGCAGUAUCAGCAUUGCUCUAGGCAUACUUGCCCUCGUUUUCCUCCCAGAUCAGCCAUCUACUGCCAAAUUUCUCAAUGAUGCCGAAAAGGUCAUCGCUGCGAAAAGAGUCUCGGCCAACCGGCAGGGAAUCAAAAACAGCCAUUUCAAGCGUUACCAAGUGAUCCAAACCGUCACAGAUCCGAAGACGUGGAUUCUCUUCGUCAUGGCGGUGGGUGCACAGGUCCCCAAUUCUGCCAUCACCCAAUUUACGUCGCUCGUCAUCAAGUCUUUCAACGUCGACACACUUGGUACCCAGUAUCUACAGAUCCCAGGUGGAGGAGUUCAAUUUCUCGCCCUCCUGGGUGGGGGCAUCAUCUGCUCGAGGUGGCCGAAUCUCCGUUGCCCAACAAUGAUCGUCGCCAACACGAUCUGCAUCAUUGGAGCAUCGCUACUUGUCGGUUUGCCUAACAGCAACAAAUGGGGCCGACUAGUCGGUCUCUGGCUUUGCUAUUUCCAGGGUCUCGGAUUCAGCAUGAGUCUGACCAUGAUCAGCUCGAACAUUGCAGGGUAUACAAAGAAGCAACUCACAGCGGCGAUACUGUUCACGGGCUACUGCGUCGGCAACAUCAUCGGGCCCCAGACCUUCAAAUCGAGCGACGCUCCGGCAUAUCACUCGGCCUAUGUCGCGAUGCUGGUCGGCUAUAUCAUCAAACUGGUGUCGAUCAUUGUUUUGUACAUUUAUAUGUACCUUGUGAACAAAAAGCGGGACCGCGAGGCGGCCGCAUCUGGUGUGGUCGAUCUGGACGAGGAGAAGGAAGCCAUUGAGCGCGGUAUGCACGAUGUUACCGAGCUUGAUAACAAGGGCUUCCGGUAUUCACUGUGA